ACAAACUAAGCACGAGCUUCUGAGUUCAUAUUGGCCAGCACCGGUGAGGGGGAAGAGCUCUAUCUGCGUUUUCCGUGAUGGAUUCCGGCGAAAAGCGUCUCAACGAGCUCGGAUACAAGCAAGAACUCAGAAGAGAGAUGACAAUGUUCAAGACACUUGCACUAACGUUCUCGAGCAUGGCGGUGUUCACGGGGACGCCGCUGUACGGGGCGAGCCUGCAAUAUGCGGGACCUGCGAGUUUAAUAUGGGGUUGGGUCGUGGUCUCGUUCUUCACUUGGUUUGUAGGGCUUGCCAUGGCUGAGAUCUGCUCCUCCUUCCCUACCACUGGUUCACUUUAUUUCUGGGCGGCCCAUAUGGCCGGACCGAGAUGGGGACCAUUUGCAUCGUGGUGCUGCGCAUGGCUCGAAACCAUUGGUCUAGUUUCGGGGAUAGGUGCUCAGGCAUAUUCAGCAGCACAGACACUACAGAUGAUCAUUUUGCUGUCGACCGGAACAAACAAAGGAGGAGGCUACUUCGCUUCUAGAAGUAUAUUCCUGUGCAUGUACAUUGGCUUCGCCCUAGUAUGGGCUGUUCUCAACACUUUUGCACUCAAAGUCAUUGCUUAUCUGGGCAUCAUUUCAAUCUGGUGGCAGGUUUUGGGUGGCGUGGUAGUGAUUAUAGGGCUUCCUCUGGUGGCGAGGCCGACGCAAUCAGCUUCCUAUGUCUUCACUCACUUUGAAUUGUCACCGGAAUCGACUGGCAUUAGCAGCAAACCAUAUGCAGUGAUUUUAUCUGUGCUUCUCAGCAACUACUGUUUAUAUGGCUACGACACAGCUGCUCAUCUCACUGAGGAAACCAAAGGAGCUGACAGAACUGGCCCUACCGCCAUUCUUUCUAGCAUCGGCAUCAUCACGUUCUUCGGAUGGGCGUAUAAUCUUGCUCUCACCUUCAGCAUCAAGGAUCCAAACUACUUAUAUGACUUAAACAAUGAGACAGCAGGAGCACUUGUUCCUGCGCAGAUCAUUUACGACGCAUUCCACGGGAGGUUUCACAGCUCAACCGGAGCUGUCAUAUAUCUCUGUAUCAUCUGGGGAUCCUUCUUCUUUUGUGGACUUGCGGUGACUACAAGUGCUGCUAGAGUAGUUUAUGCACUCUCCAGAGACAAUGGAAUCCCAUUCUCACCAAUCUGGAGACGAAUCCAUCCAAAGCACAAAGUCCCAUCCAAUGCUGUAUGGCUCUGUGCAUCGAUUAGCAUACUUCUAGGGCUUCCCAUACUGAAAGUGAAUGUGGUUUUCACAGCCAUCAUUUCCAUCAGUACCAUUGGUUGGGUGGGCGGAUACGCAGUUCCGAUUUUCGCGAGGCUUGUGAUGGUCGAGGAGGAUUUCAAACCGGGACCGUUCUAUUUGGGCAGAGCAAGAAGGCCAAUCUGCUUAGUGGCUUUCCUGUGGAUAUGUUAUACUUGUUCAGCGUUCCUACUCCCGACUACGUACCCAAUUGAGUGGAAAAAUUUCAACUAUGCGCCUGUCGCAUUGGGUGUUGUCAUGGCACUAGUAAUGCUGUGGUGGUUGUUGGAUGCUAGGAAAUGGUUCAAGGGGCCGGUAAGGAACAUCGAUGAACAAAAUGGAGAGUGAAGGAUUUCUGUUGCGACGGAAAGAUAACAAAAGGCGGGGGGUGAACAUUGCUCUUCCAUUGUGUGAUGCCAUAUGCUGAACUAAACUUUUGUCAAAUUUUCCCCCAAAAUACAUAUCCUCUCCAAGCUGUUUAAGAAGGCAUCAAGAGUAAACAUCAGACGUUUAUAACUCAGUUGAAUCCUGUGGUACUCAUUGCACUUUUUCCUGAUUCCA